AUGGAAGCCGACAUAUGGCCAGAACCAGUGAAUCCUUAUCUUGAAUAUUUUUAUCCAUCGAAUUAUGAAAAAAUCACGAAAAUUCCUGGAAUGUCACACGGCUGCUUACCAGUAAAUUCAAUUCUUCUUUCAACAUUAGAAUGUUUUUACAAUCAAAAAUGUUUAAAUCGUCUUCUUUCAUUAUUGUCUGUAACUGAAAAUUUUACGGUAAUCUCCGAACUGAAACAAAAUCGUUACCAAUCAGAUACAAUAAUUCAAACUAUUGUUGACAAUUUAAUGAUUGAAGAAUGGAUGAUCGAUAUUUCUUACAAGAAAUAUUAUAAUCAAUGUGCUCCUAAGUCAUGUACUUACUUUAAGAAUGAAAAAUAUGAUUGGAAAUUUGUAUUAACACAAUUAAUUGGUUUAUUGGGAAGUUUAAUAAUGGUAUGUAGUUUUACUAUUGAAAUUAUAGUUAAAUUCAUUCGACGACGACGACUACCACCACCUCAAAAUAGAGAAUCAAUACCAUGUAAGUGUAGUUGUUUGGUUUAG